AUGUAUCGCUAUGGAACCCGUGUGCAGUUGAGGAGGAACCUCAUGCGUCUACGAAUUUGCGGGGUGCAAUCCGUUGUGGAGCGAAGGUUUAUACGAAAGGGCUUAGACACGUAUUGCUUUUUCAUUUACGAGGGUCGACAGCAUGGCGUCUGCUUUUCCAUUGUCGUUGGCGCUGUUCUUGGCAACUACACUGGAGGAAAGUUGUACAAAUGCACUCUUGUAUCGCGUUUGGCUGGGUUAACUUUGAUGGAAACUUAUCCGCCCAGUGAUUCCCCGGCGUGGAACGGCGUCACGGCUUUUUGUGGAUUUAGGUGGAUUUUGGUGGGCGCUUCGCACGAUCGAUUGGUACACUCUCAUGUUUGUCUUUGGUCUCAUGCGCCAUCAAAGUUUCCUCAACGUUUAUUUGUUGCAUCACACCUCAUGCAGGUUUGCUGCGCCAACCAAUGGGGUCUUCUUCUGGAAGAGGGGUAA